CUUGAGAGUUCGAGUCACACGAACCUCAACGAAUCCUUCAAAGGAAACAGACCUUCCUUUGAAUCAACCGAGAGAGAUACUAUCUCUCAACGUGUCUAAGAACACAAGUACACUCAAGAACGAGACUCUCUUAUAGAGUAGAUUAUGAGUAAACUAAUGUAAUGUGGUGAGCUUUUUUAUUUUUUGGAAAAAAAUUCAAAGUGUUGAAAAAAAUAUGGUGAGCUUUGCCUUACAGUUAGGUGAGCUUUACAUUGGCCAUUGCCGUUCGCCGUCAUACGAAUUGCUUCCCCAUUCACUCCAUGUGGUGAGGAUCUCCUUCAGCGUACGAGAUAUGGUAGUUGUGUUCUACCUCUCAUUACCGAAGAAAGGACCCCUGGAAGGCAGACAAUAUCCAAUUGAGCAUAGUGCUUCCAGGAAAGUAUUCAAAGGCCUGCUUGAUGGACAUAUGUACUGCCUCAGGUUCCUCUUCCUCCUCCAGAUCUCUUGUGAUAUCUCCUAGGUACUCUUCUGCCUUUAUAUGUAUCCUACAUAUCCUCUUCCUAGUAGGGGAGUCUGUGAUCUUUUCUUCAAAACUUUGAGUUCAAUAUUUAGCUCUCAUGAAAUGAGCCCAUUUAGAGUUGUUA